UGCAUGUAAACAAACGCACAUCUGAUCUGGGGCGAGUGGCUGGCGUUGUAAUUUCCCUCGCUCUGAAUACAAACCCGCCACACACGUGCUGUCCAGGGUAGUGAGACAUGAGCCGUAUCCCUAAUCCCUUCCUCGGCGGUGGUGAGAUGCAGCCCAAGCCUCCCCAAACUCCCUCAGGCCCGGGAUUCCUGAUGAUCACACGUCCACCUCCAGCCUCCAACACCUGGCGGGGCGCCCACCGCGGCCGCUCCUUCCCGCCCUCAGCCUCGCCCCGCCACGCCCUCUCCCCGCCCCACCCGUCUGACAGCUUCAUUCCGUUCUCAUCAACAGGUAGCAAUAAUAACCAGGACAGCAGUAGGCGAGGGCGUGGCGGCAGGUUUAGCCAGGGUAGCCCCAGGAUGUAUUCCCCCUACCAUCCCUCCCCUCGGGGCGGCGGAGGGGAGAGGCACAUGGGGAGCCCCGGACAUAACCAGGGUGUGUCCUUUACUCCUAAUAGGAAUCGCGAGUCGUUUGGUAACCAUAGACAACAAAGGUUUUCAUUUAAUGGUAAUUCACGAGGGGGUAGGGAUAACCGCGGGCCGAUCAGUGAUAUCCCUGUGGAAAAGUUUGUGUCUCCCAACAUGGUGAGAGACCCGUGGGCUGAGUUUGAUGUGCCGACCACAGUGACUACAGUUCCUACCCCAGACCCCCUCAGGAGAACUUCAACUCUUCCAUUGUUAGAUGAUUCUGAGAUUAUCAUUGACUCAGACACCAGUGUGGUGGUGGAGAAUUCUUACGAGGGUGGGGGUGUCAGUGGCACUGAGGGCGACAGCUCCCCGGUGCCAGACACGGGAAGCGACUCGCCUUAUGUUGCCACCUCCUCCACCUCAGACAAGGACAUGGCGAGCGACUCCACCGGUGAAGACUAGUACAAGUCUUGUACAAACUGAGUAUUUGAAUAGCUGAUGCUAGCAGAAAAGUUCAACAAAUAUUUGAGAAUCUUUCCGAAAUUGUUAGCGCAUGUAAAAGUUUAUGUUGUGACGGAAAAUGUUUAGAAAAGGUGUAUCUUUUUUUAGUUGAUGAGGAAUUCAGAGAAGUUAUCUAUCAAGUUGGCCACCUUUUGAGAUUUCAGAAUAAAAGAAUUAGUCAUGAUUUCAAUAUAGAAGUAAGUUUUCUUGGGUUGUUAGAAGAUGGUUUGUCUAAAGCUGUGUGAGGGAAGCUGAUUGCAUUUGGGCCAUGUACAUGCAAAUUUGUUCAAAUUAUCAUAGUACAAAUCUAAAACCAAGUGUACAAAAUACUCAAUCAGCUUUUGAAAUUUAGAUUUCUUACUUUUUUACAAACUUCUAAAGAAUGAAUGACUUGCUAUAAAUAAAUUGAUUAAAACAUAUGUUAUGCAACUUUUGUAAUACAUUUCUUAAUCAUAUCCUGAUGACCAGUGAAUACGAAACUCUUGUAUAAUUGAUGUAUGUCUGAUUUUUACCAUUUGUUGAAGCGUGUCCAGGCAUUUCUCAGUUUCAAGGUACUGUCCAGCCUAACUUAAUUCAAACAAUUUUUGUUAAAAGGUUUUAUGUUAUUUUCAAAAAUGUGUCUAAAACAAAUCUUUACCUUGAUAAAUUAUAUGUAUGUAUUUAUUAAAGAGACAACUAGUAUGAUCUGGAACCCUUUUUUAGGUAAUGCAGUGGUAAGACCCUGCAGACUAAUAAAUUCUAUUGAAAGUGUGUGUGUGUGUGUGUGUGUGUGUGUGUGUGUGUGUGUGUGUGUGUGAGAGAGAGAAUCACUUAUUGGCAAUAUGUGUAACUUUUUUGUUUCAACCAUUUGUAAUGUCAGGAUAUUAUUAACCAUGAGCUUGAUUGGUUUUCCUUUGCAUGUUUGUUUUCAUUUUGUAUAGUUUAGCAAAUGUUAAAAUUGCCUAACAGCAUGUGUGGAAGUGUAUAAAAUGUUCUAUAUUUUCUGGAUAGAUAAAUAAAUAAAUGAGAGUUAUUCAGCAUAAGUAAUUUAAUCAGUAAUUUGAUCUGUAGCAGAUAGUUAUAGUGUUUGUUGUGGGCAUCAUGUGGCAAGUUUCAUGUAUUUCUCCCUUUUUCAUAACAAAACUAAACUCUUUGUGAACAAGAUGUAAGAGAAAAUUUGAGCUUACUUUAUCUUGUAGAGCCCUUUGGAAACAAACAGCUUUAUGAGACAGAUAUAAAAUUAUGUGCAAUAUCUCUCAGUCUUGAUGGGCAGGAUGCGUAACAGUGUUGAGGGAAGGUGUGUGUUGGAUGUAGGAAUCAUAAUUGUAAGGGUCUUAAGCACCAAGCCAGCAGCAUACAUUGUGGCACUGACGCUCCUUUGACUAGUGCACAUAUUAGCUGAAAUAUUUGAGGUAUAGACAAAAAAAAAAAAAAAGAAUAAAAAGGACAUAAUAUUAGAUUUUAAGAUGUUAGGAAAAUUUGUUUAGGAAAAUUAUGUAUCUAUGUAAACAAAAUUAAUUUGUUUGUAAAGGAUUAGUAUUCUUCUGCCACGUGCUGCAUAAAAAAAUAUAUAUAAAAAAAUAUCAAUAUUAUUGUUUGUGAGUAUAUGAAAGGCAUAGGUAAAAGAAAUUUAUAACUUGAUAUGUGGAGUAAUCAUUUUAUUACGAAACCUUGGCCCCUCCAAGAGUAUCCACCACAACGCAUGUAGUAUGUGAAAAAUGUAUAAAUCAGUUACCUAUGAUACAAAUAUACAGAAUUUAAUGUCAUUCUUAUGGGACUUUAUUUUUGCUGGUAUGUUAAGCUUUGAUUUAUUAUUCAUAGACAUCAAGCUGCUGUCUCAUGCAAAAUACAUACAGUAUUCUUUUUUAUAAAGUGCAUUGCUAACUUGACUAUCAUUAUAAUAAAGAUUUGUAAAUUUAUAAGGUUUUAAAUUUUCUUUAUUACAGUGACAUGAUUCAUCUGUUUAGGGCAUCACUGGGUCCGGGUUCACUUGGCAAUGACUCCUUCACUAGAGCAUACAUGGUAUACUCUAAGCAGCACAGCCACCACUCACCAGCCCCACAGGAGGCAGUUCUCCAAUACGGCUUGCUAAUAGGCAGUCAUGUUCCAAAGUCAAGCAUGAUUUGUUUCUGUGUUAAUACUUUCCUCCCAUAAGAGUGACAUGACUUACCCACUCAUGCUUGCACACACACACACACACACACACACACACACACACACACACACACACACACACACACACACACACACACACACACACACACACACACACACACACACAUACAUACA